AUGCUUGGGGUAAUUCUAAAAAACGCCCUCCAGAGAAGCAGGUAUCACAUUACUGCCCGUUUGAACCGUGCCCACAUAAGGGUCCCACAAUUUAGUAGCCAAAAUAACUCCCCCUUGACAAUUGAAAAGGACCAAUUUUACAUUAACCCAUUAAGGAAAUUAACCUGUAUAGGAUGUGGGGAGUUCCUCCAAACCACAGAUGAAAGAAAAUCGGGGUUCGUCCCCUUUAGUGUGUACGAAAAGUACAGCAAUGGGCGAAUAAAAUUCUACACCAAAGUGAAGGGGGAGGAAGUGAGUUCAGUUCCUGAUGGAGUGAAGGUCGAUGUAAAUGACUUCCCCAGUUUUAGGGUUAAGACGAAGAUUAUCCUCUGCAGAAGGUGCUACAGGUUGCAGCAUUAUAAAUGUUCAAACACGCAAUGCGAGGUGGACACGAACAGGAUUGAAAAUAUUAUCAAAUGCAGGACAGAGCUGCAGGAGGAGGUGAAGCGUCGGAGGAAGGGGGGGACCCCAAAAAGGAGCUCAUCCUCCACACAGACUGAACCGGAUGAACACGCAUCCCUGGGUAGGACCUCUCCUAGUGGUGCCAACCCUACAAUGGAACUUUCUCACGCAAGGGGAAUGUCCCCCGUUUGUGAAGACGCGCCUCUAAAGGGAGACCGUAAUGAAGGUGCACCCUCCGAAGGUGAUCCCUCCGAAGGUGAUCCCUCCGAAGGUGAUUCCCCCGCUCAGAUGAGCUACCCAAUGGGAACCCGCAGUGUAAAAAACGAAGUGAACAAAUUGUUGGAACAGGUUGUUCGUGGGAGGAAGCAUCAACGGGGGAAGCAUCAACGGGGGGAGGUGGCACAUAGGAAGAAAGCGCAAAAAGGAGGAAGCACCGCGGAAGGGAAUAUCCCGAAUGAUCGUUUCACCCAAGUUGAGGAAGAAAAAAAACAAAAGAGUGUAACAGAUGAAGCGGGAAGGGUAAGUAACAACCAAAUGGAGGAUGCAGGAGUGACUUCGAGAGGAGAAAAAUACUACUACGACCCGUCGUACAGUAUCGACCAGAGGAGCGUAAAUAUUUACGAGAAAAAAGAUAUCCUAAAAAAAAGAAAUGACAUGAAAAAGUUGGACGUAGAAAAAAUGCAAGUAAGCACAGGUAAGUAUGUCCAAGGAGAUCGAAAUGAGGUCAUGAACAAUUUGAUAAAAAAAAUGAAAAGAAAAUCUCUACUUCUUUACCUAAUCGAUAUAACAAAUAUUGAAAAUACUAUCCUCCCAGAACUAUACAUAGCAUGUAAAAAUAAAGACAUAAAUAUCAUAUGGCUAGUUAAUAAAGUGGACUGCCUACCCAAAUCAACAAAUCUAGAUAUGGUAAAAAUAUGGUUCCGAAACUUAGUAAGGCAAAUAAAAAAUGCACAUAUAAAUGAUUUAAUAUUUAUAUCAGCUUUAAAGUUCUACAAUUUUAAUAUGCUAGAGGAAAGAAUGAAAUAUUAUGUGGACUUAGAAAAAGGAACAGACAUAUAUAUAGUUGGUUGUGUAAAUGUAGGAAAAUCAUCCUUUGUGAAUUCUUUUUUAAAGUACAUAAAUUAUAAGCACUUAGGAGAUAUAUACAGUAGGAGAAAAAAAGGAGGAGUUACAACAUCGAACAUCCCCUACACGACAUUAAAUUAUAACACUUUUCAAUUAAAAAAAAAUAUAUUAUCGAUACUAUAGGAAUUCCAACCAAGUAUCAAUACUCUUCCAUUCUGUACAAAGAUAUAGAUUUAAACAGCAUUUGCUUAAAUAAACGAAUUCAACCAUUUACUUAUAAGAUGAAGGAAAAUUCGUCCAUAAUAUUAGGCAGUCUAUGCUACAUUAAUUUAAUAUAUGGUCCGUUUGCUUUGGUGACUUUUUAUAUCUCCAAUAGGGUUACUAUUCACAUGUGCAGAAGCGAAAAGGUGGAAGAUUUUUUGGAGAAGAAAAAAUGCUCCUUCUUGUACCCUCCUCAUGUUCAAUCAGAUUUUGAUCUUCUUAAACCAUUUGUUAAACACACUGUCAAAGUUUUUGGAAAAGAUUUCGAAAGUAUUGACGAUAUCGUCAUUUCUGACUUAUGCUGGUUUUCUGUCACUGGCAGGGGGGUUAAGGUAUUCGAGAUAUACGCCCCAAAGUAUGUGAAAAUAUAUCGUAGACCUUCUAUGAUUAAUGAUGCCGUUAAGCAUACCCAAGUGGAUGUGUUCAAAUACAAGUCCUAUCGGGGAAGGACCGCCAAGGUACUACGGAAAAAGAAGAAGCUUAUUGAGGAGCUGGAUAGACUGAACCCUGGUCGUCGUCUUGAAAUGAAGAACCUCACCCUCCAGGGGGAGCUCGCCCAGCUGCGCAAUUUGGGCACCUUUAACGACUCG